AUGGGGCUUCAGGGGGACACAAUAAUACCAAUCCUCGUCAAACAAGUCUUCAAACAGGUCCUCUCCAGCCUGAAUGUGCCAUUCGCACAGUGCAUCUUUGAAGUAGACCAAGAAAUAGCCUCCUUGGCUCAAAGGUGGAACUGUCCGGUCCUGUCCAAUGACAGUGACUUUAAUAUUUUUGACAUCCAGGCAGGAUAUCUGCCCUUCUUCCAUUUUCAGUGGCAGAACGUGUCUGUGCAACGCGGGAGUUCUCAGAAUUACAUCCCCUGCAAGAGGUACACCACAACAAGCUUCUGCAGACAAGUCAACAUCAACAGACAGCUUCUCCCAGUCUUCGCUGCCAUCGCAGGAAACGACUAUGUCAACUUGCGUGACAUGGGCUUUCCCAUUAGGUUGGACGACAAUCAGAAGUCAAGGGUUGUCUUCUUCAACAGGUUGCUGGAUUGGCUGGCCCGUUUCCAGGGACAGCGGGAGGCCUUGGACUCUGUGCCCAGCUUCAUCGGUCAUGGGAACAACAGAGACAACAUGGAUGCUGCCCUCCAGGCCCUCUCUCUGGGCAUAGAAGAGUACAAGAUUCCCCUCGGUUGCCUGGAGAGGUUCUUCAAUGAUGGCAAGGCUCCUGAUCCCAGCCUUCUCCUAAACCAUCUGAGUGUCCUUCCAGACUGGACCCUGCUGCCGUUGAUGAGGGGGAAACUUUCCUCCUACAUGAUACACAUUCUGCUGCUGAGGCCAGUGAUACAGGCUGUCCAAGUGGAAGAUCCCAGCUUCCCUAGUGGGAACAUCACCUCUCGGCCCAUACGGCAGGUAUUCUACGGGCUGCUGCUGGGUGAGAGGAGGGAAGUGGAGGAGUAUGACAGGGAAGGCAAGAACCUGACCAGCAGCAUGGUUAAAGCCAUCCUGCCCAGAGUUGCACAACAGCUGCAGCUAAACAAACUGGAUCAGGCUCCACAUUCAGUGCGGCUUGAGGUGUUUUUGGAGACCCUUGGUGUGUCCCAGUCCACUUUGAAUGGUCUCCCAUCUCAUCUGAAACUUCCUGUGGCUGUUACCUACUACUGGCUGAGGCACGCCCAUCCCCGACCAGACCAUCCUUUCCUGCAGGCCCUGCUACUAGGACUGGUGUACGGAGAGCUCUGCAGACAGAGGAAGGAAGAGGAAGGAAGAGAGGAGGGACCAGUGUUGGAGAGGCUGAGAGGGCUGAUUCAGAAUCCUGAUUUAGGAGCUGAUUUAGACCUGGGUGUGGCCCACGCCUAUAGCCAAUGGCAGUGCUGCCUGAGGGAGGGCCUUGACCUGAACCAACUGCUGUGUCUCCCUCUACCUGAGCCUCAGUGUGCCUGGCUGUACAAGGGUAGUCUGGUGCACCAGCUUGUGGGCCAACUGAGAGGGGGGGUGACCCCGGAUUCUCUCCUGAUGGAAGACCCUUCCUCUGGGCAGCUGUACAGAGCCAUGCUGGGCGCCAUACUCAACUCCCAUGAAACUGAGACCUCUGGACAACCUGACGGCCCCUCUGCAGAUUCUGGCGCUGGAUGAUGAAGAUGAUGAUGAUGAUGAUGAUGAUGAUGAUGAUGAUGGAGUAGGCUAUACUGAAGUCCCAAUGUUCUGUCACAAGAUGAAGGAAAAAUUCAACAAAGCUCUGUUGAGUUAUAGAUAUAGGGACCACUAUAUAGGGGCCACUAUAUAGGGACCACUAAACACCUGUUGAGUUAUAUAUAUAUGUUUUCUGUGACAGUUUAGGCAUAGGUAGGAAGGCCCCACUUGCAUACACUCAUACUCAUGAAGAAGUUUCACUUUAAUUGACAUUGAUUAAAGAAAAUAAGAAAAAGUAGAAUAAAUGAAUUGUGACUGAGGUUUAUUGAAGUGAAAAUUCAAGGUUAAAUAUGUUAAAUGUUAAAGGUUGAAAACAUUGUGAAAUAUUAAAGGUGGAUUAAAGUAGCGCAUUAAAAUGGUUAAGAAUGUUAUAUUGUUGUUUUCUGUAAGGUGUGAUGUAUAUAGACUAUGUUUGUUAGAGGAGGAGGUUGAUAAUGUAAUAGUGUUGGAGUGUUUAAAAUGUUGCAUGUUUAGAAUGUAAUGGAGUAAUAAAUUAGGUUGGAUUAGGAUUAGAAUUGAGUGGAAUAAGAAACCUUAAUGUUUUGAAAAUGUAUGUUUUAAAGGUGACUGAUAAUGGAGUACACUAAGGCUAGCUCGAAUUGGAAAUCCCAGGUCAGAAAUUUUUAUGAAAUAUUUUAUGUACAUGUUUUAAUGAAAGACUAGAAAAAUAAAUGUC